GGAGGAGACGCGAAAGAAGAGCCGAGGCCGGACGCCGGAAAAAGGGGCGGGAGCUCAAGAGCCCUUCUCCUCCUCCUCCUCCUACUCCCCUGUGGAAUAAGUAUCGAUACAAGUUGGUCUUGCCGCUCCAUUACGGGAGUGUUCUUGUUUGAGGCCAAUCCAUUUCAAGAGCAUCCUCUUUAAGUGCACAAGCUUAACAUAAAUCAGGACAGGAACUCAAUUCGGACACAAUGAAGCAUAAAGAAGUAAAUAUCUACCAUCUUAUCCACAAAGUCAAGCAUGGAUACAAGAUAUUAUCAGCCAACAAAGCAUUGAAUCUGUCUCAGUAUCAUAUUGUUGCUAGUAUUCUUGGGAUUGGGAUUGGGAUGACAGGCUUGUACAUGGCACUGCAAGAAAGGAAUAUUGGUAGUUUAUAUCUACCAUGGAUGACAGGGGGAAAUGAUUCAUCUGAGAUCAUAUAUGUGGCUGGUCUAAAGAAUCUUGGGAACAGUUGCUUUCUUAAUGUAAUAUUACAGGCACUUGCCAGCUGUAGCUGCUUUGUUUCCUUUCUUCGAAAUUUAUUGGUUAUGGAUGUUGAAUCAAUUGAAGAAUAUAUGCCGCUUCUUGUUACUUUGACAACAUUGUUAGAAGAUCUAUGUAUUAUUCAUGAUGAAAGGACUAUUUUGGAUCCACGAAAAGUGAUGCUCGCCUUGAGCUUUUAUGUUAGCAGUUUCAAGUUAACUAGACAACAGGAUGCUGCAGAAGCAUUUCUUCAUCUUUUAUGUUCUGUGGAAGAAGAAGUUUUACAGUGUUAUGCACCACAUAGCAGUUCUCUAGCGGAAAUCACUGGUCUUCCUUCUAGGAUACAUAAGCCAAAGAGCAAAAGCCAUACAGACUAUGAGCAAUGGAGAAGGUAUAUUUAUGGGCCAUUUGAUGGAACAGUUGGAAGCAUAUUAACUUGUAGAAGCUGUUCAUCCAUGCUUUCAGUGGAUAUUGAGCAUUUCCGCUCAUUAUCCCUCUCACCUGCGCUGGAUGGAAAUGCAGAUAUUAUGGAGGGUUGCAGCAUUAUAGAUUGCCUUGAGAGGUUCACUGCAUUAGAACAUCUGGAGAAUUUCCGCUGUGGUCGCUGUUGGCAUAUUGGUGCUUUAAAGUACUUGUCCGUCAGUGCAGAUAAGGAUGAGGAAAAAAUUGACAAGCUUAGCCACUGUGUCAAUCUGGACUGUUGUGAUUGCAAAAGUCUAUUUCAUCAAGAGGAAAUAAAAUGGACUGGGUUUUCUUGUGCUUUAAAGCAACUAUGUCUCACUCGAUGUCCCAAGAUUUUGUGCAUUCAUCUGCAACGUGCUUCAAUGAAUGACAAUGGUGAUCUCAUCAAACUUCAGGGACAUAUCUCCUUUCCUUUCAUUCUGGACCUCUUUCCAUUUAUGAAAGCCGGGAAAAUUUUGGCAGAAGAAUUCCCAGUGCAAUGUACUCGGAGUAAUGUACAGAGGCAGCAGCAGCCACUAGAUCCUCGACUGAUCCAAAUAAAUAUGCAAUAUAAAAAACAAUUUCUAGGACAUGUCUAUGGAACUGGGAGAGAAAAUCUGUUGAAUGGUUUUCCAAUAAACAGUUUUCAGAGAUCAAGCAAUGAAUUGAAAUCAGAUGACUCAUCUGCUGAGACUAUUAUUGAGGACAAAGUCGAAGUUGCAGAGGUGCAGGCUCGUGAAGUUAGUAGCUCAUGCUCCUCAGCGAGUUUCAUGUAUCUCCUUACUUCUGUUGUUGAGCACUAUGGAAGAUCAGGAAGUGGUCAUUAUGCAGCAUAUAGGAGAGUAACAAGUAAAUCAGGUGCUGGCAAUUCAAUGGGCACACAAGUAACUGAACAAAGCCAAUGGUUCUAUGUCUCUGAUCAUGAAAUAUCAGAUGUCUCGGAAGAAUCUGUUUUGUCUGCAGAAGCCAGCCUACUUUUCUAUGAAAGAAUUGAUGGAGACUUUAAUACUGUUACAUAAAGAUAGACAGACUGCAGCAGCCCAACAAAUACAGAAAAGAAAAAAAAAACAUUCUAUGACCAUGAAUUCAAACAAGCAUGUGCUCUGGUCAUCUGGUUGAUGAUUUCUUUGAAGUAUUCAGACACUAGAAUCUUUACAAAUGAAAACAAAAAUCAAUUUCGUCUUGUGAGGAAGACAGAAUGUCCAUGUUUCUUUUCAGUGGUUGGCUCUGAUUCUAAAGCUUUUGCAUAGUUUGUCCCAAUGUGGUAUAUAAACCGAACAAAGAUUUAAAGAAGAAUUUUGACAACAAGACAAACAUCAGAAUAUAAGGGAAUGGAACUGCCACCACAUUGAAGUGA